AUGCGUCAAGCGCUUCGACUACCACUGCCUAGUUCGCAGAUCACGUCCAUCGUUCGCAACCGCGCUACACGACCUCAAACUGCUCCACUCAAGCCCUUGAACAGCACGAACAUUUCGACUCGAUCACUGACAAGCUCUGCACCAGCCAUGUCUCUGCUUCGACCUUCGAGCUUCUUCGCGUCGCCCCUGGACGACUUUGAUGUGUUCCCGACGUCGUCGCUGCGCGAUCUGAUGCUAAUGAACCCAUUCGCUCCCGUGGCUGCGAGCCGACCGAAUGUGAAUGCGGGCGACUACCGCAUCUGGUCGGGACCCAAGGUGGACCUGCACGAGGAGGAUACCAAGUUUGUGCUGACCGCCGAGGUGCCCGGAGUGAAGAAGGAGGACCUCAAGAUCAAUGUUGAUGCCGACCGGCGCAGGAUCACGCUGGAGGGCCACAUGAAGAGCGAAUACUCCUCUCAGCCGGCCAGCAGCAGCGACCAGCAGCCCAAGGGAGACGAAGCGGCGGACGGGAAGCAGACGAGUAACGCCAAGCACGACAACGGUGGCGAAACUUCGACACAGGUGGCCAAGAAGGAUUCGACGGACGGAGGACAGGUGGGGACGGUGGGUCAUGCACUCGUAUCGGAACGUGUGUACGGAUCGUUCAGCCGCUCGUUCACGCUGCCUGCCACGGCCAACCUGUCGGACGACUCUUCGCUCAAGGCGCGCUUCAACGAUGGCCUGCUGCGCUUGGAGAUCCCCAAGAAGAAAGAGGAGCACUCCAAGACUCGUCAGAUUGCGAUUGAGAGCAGCGCCUAA